CUGCCAAGACGCCGCGAGCGGUGCUCCGGGUGAAAAAUGCGCCCCCGAGAGUGGCGAAGACGCCGGCCGCCACCGACCUGGCGCCGGGAGCCUUCAACAUCCAGAGGUCGCAGAGCCGCAUCAGCCUGUCCGCCUCGUUCGAGGCGCUCGCCAUCUACUUCCCCUGCAUGAACUCGUUCGACGAGGACGACGCCGAUGGAGACGGUCGAAAGCUACGAGGUGCAAUUCAGCGCAGCACGGAGACGGGGCUAGCUGUCGAGAUGCCGAGGAGGACCAUGCGCCAAGCCAGCCACGAGUCCAUUGAGGAAAGCAUGAACAGCUAUGGAUCGGAGGGAAACUUAAACUACAGCGGUGUCUGCCUGGCAUCUGACGGACAAUUCCGAGACUUCCUGGAUGGGAUGGGCCCGGCCCAGUUUGUGGGGCGUCAGACCUUGGCCACCCCGUCGAUGGGUGACGUUGAAAUGGGAAUUCUGGAACGAGAUGGGCAGCUGGAAGUGGAGGUGAUUCAAGCCCGGGGUCUCACACUGAAACCAGGGACCAAGACUCCGCCAG